CCAACCCGGGAUCCCUCUUUUUCUGUUUUCUCAUGCUCCUCCCCCUGCUCUCGCUCUGGUUUCGCAGAAUAUAGCGCGAGGAAAUUGCGUAAGAUUAGUCUCUGGGAUACUGAGAGGAUAAAUGCCAGAUCAAGUGUUGGAAUGGAGUCAACAAGUGGAUCUUUUUAAGCACGCAUCUGGAAUCGUCUCAGCCGUCCAGGGAGUCUACUCAUCUCAAACUCCGUUUGUUCAAGAGCCAAGAGUGAACAACAGUCAAAAUCAGCAGUGCGGAAGCUAGUUUUGUCAUUAUAGGUAUGCUGUUGGGUUCCCAGCCAAGUUCAAGGAAAUGAAAUAUUGAAAUUUUGGAAUUUUUGAUUGAGCUACUGUGUCUUCCUUGAAUAAUCGAAGAACAAGGUUAAUAUGGAUAAUAAUAAAAAUCUAAAUAUGGAUGCAAGUAUCAGUAGUUCUUGUGAAGAAAUGAGUAUUCAAGAGUUGGAUUUUAGUGCUGAUGAGAAAUCUCCUAUAGUUGAUGAAGGGUGUAGGGGUUCAAAUGAUCAGUUUGAAAAUGAUAUAGAUCGCGAGGUAGGCCCAAAAAUCGGAAUGACGUUUGACACACCAAAAGAAGCAUAUGAUUUCUAUAAUACAUAUGCAAGGCAGGUUGGCUUCAGUGUAAGGAUAUUAAGAACAAACAAGAACAGAUCUGACAAAAAUAAAAUCCAACGGCAAGCACUAGUUUGUUCAUGUGAAGGCACUUCCAAAAAAAUCAAGGCACCCGAAAGAAAAAGAGAUACUCGGCGAUUUGACUGUGAGGCAACAUUUGUGAUUAAACGAAUUCCUGGUGAUAAGUAUAAACUAAUUAAGUUCAAGUCGGAGCAUACUCAUGAUCUUGUCCCACUUGAGCAUUCCCAUUAUUUGAGGUCCCAAAGAAAAAUCGAUUUUUCACAAGCUGAACUUAUGAAGAAAAUGUGCUCGUCUGGAAUAAAGCAAGGACAAAUUUUCUCCUACAUGUGUGAAGAAACUAGUGGAGCCCAAAACCUUAAUUUCACAAUAUCUAACUGCAACAAUUUAUUACAAAGAACACGGGCUAAAUUUUUCAAGAAGGGUGAUGCUGAAUGUCUCCUUGGAUACUUCAAACAAAAGAAAGAGGAAAACAAACAUUUUUCUUACUCUUUUCGAACCCAUGAAGAUGGUGAGAUAUGUGGUGUAUUUUUUUGUGAUGCAAAAUCGAGACGGGAUUAUGGGUUAUUUGGUGAUGCAGUAUGUUUCGAUACAACAUUUCGGAUAAACAAUUAUGACAUGUUAUGUGCACCAAUUGUCGGCAUAAACCAUCAUGGGCAAACAUCACUUUUUGGGUGUGGUCUACUAGAUGUUGAAACAACUGAUACAAUAAUGUGGUUGUUUACUACUUUCUUUGAGACUAUGGGAGGAAAAAAACCGAAAAGCAUAUUUACUGAUCAAUCUGCAACUAUAUCAAGUGUUGUUGAUGCGAUAUUGCCUGAAGUACACCAUGGAUUGUGUUUGUGGAAUUUAUGUCAAAAUGCUGCGAAGAACUUGAGUAAUAAUGGAUAUAAAUCAUUUUCACCACAAUUCAAAGAUUGCAUUUACAAUCCAGAAACAGUUGAAGAAUUUGAACAAAGUUGGGACAAAUUGCUUGAAGAUAAUGGGCUAAGAGGUAAUGAGUGGUUGCAAAGAACAUAUGAGUUGAGAAAGAAAUGGGCUCAAGCAUAUAAUCAUGCUCAUUUUUGUGCUGGCAUGACCACUUUACAAAGAAGUGAGAGCAUCAAUAAGUUUUUGAAGGAUUAUUUUAAUCAUGGUAGAAUUGUUCUUCGAGAGUUUGUAAGUCUGUACUCUAGGGCCAUGGAUAAUCGCCGUGAAAAAGAAAGGGAGGCUGAACACUUAACCCAACAAACAACACCUAAUUUGAUUUGUAAUUGGUCUGUAGAGCGUGAAGCAGCAAAAAAAUACACAAAAGAAACAUUUUAUUGGUUUCAAGAAGGUAUUAAGCAAACUAUUGAUUUGUCAUUGGAAUUGGAGAAUGAUGAUGGAACUAUUCGUACAUAUAGAGCUAAAGAGAUUGAAGGUCGAAAAAGGAUUCGCACACUUACAUACAAUCACUUAGAACAAACAGUGUCAUGUACAUGUAGAAAAUUUGAGUUCGAUGGAAUUCUUUGUCCGCAUGCACUGAAGUUGUUCCGCCACUUAGAGUUCAAAAGUUUACCUCCUCAAUACUAUUUGAAAAGAUGGACACGGGCAACUACAUAUGAAGUUAUUUGUGACCCCAUGGGAGAGAUAAUUCCAAAUGACAAUGACUCAAUGCUAACAGCUCAUUAUAGCGAGUUAUCACAUAUUUCGCAAAGAAUUAUGUCCAAGGGUUUAAGGUGUAUUGAUGUUUUUUCGUUAAGCAAGUCACUUUUGUUAGAAGUGGAAGCAAAGAUUGAGGCCUUUAUAGCCUCCGAUGAAGAUGUGAGCAAGAGCAUUCCAAUCGACACACAUCAUAAUUCAGUAUCAAACAUGCAGCAGGAGCCACAAUUGAGAGACCCAACAAAAAGAGGCUCUAAAGGCCAAUGGAUGCAUUCAGGAGGCACGUAUCCGCAUGCAAGCUUACCACCUCAAGGCUUUCAACCAUGGAAUGUUGCAACAUCUCAACAAAGGGGAUUCCUCUCAAAUGAUUUCUUAAUAUCACAAGAGGCUUCUUCAUUCCAAAUGUUUGCACCUCCGAAAAUAACUAGAAGCCAUCAAGUCUCGAGUUCGUCAACAUCAAAUCUCAUGAAUUAACCGACAUUGUAGAAAGUAGUGGUUUACUAAGUGUUAUCAACGAGGAGGUUCUUUUAGCUGAGCAACAUAUUUUGAAGUUUAGAAAAAUGUGAAGUGAACAAUGUAAUGUUAACAUCUUCAUGAGUUCAUGUAGAACAAUAUGUUGUGUGGGGGAAACAAUCAUUUAUAUUCUAAUUAUUACUUUUGUUGAGACACAACAAGCAUUUGGAGUUAUUAUUGAUCAUGUUUGUGAAAUAGUAGUUUGUUUGAACUAAAUUAUGAGUGUUUGUUUGAAUUAAAUUAUGAGUUUUUUUCUUUUG